GGGAAGACUUCCGCGCGCUCCCAGCUGCUCAGCCCCUGGGGGCCGGGGCCCGGUUCCCACGGCGGGGAGGAGCGAGGGAGCCAAGGGGACGGCGCCCGGGGGGCCCGGCUCAGGGCCCGGGGGAGCUGCGGGGCCCGAGGGAAGACGACUGACGGGGGUGGGCGCCGGGCCGCGCAGCGCCCGCGGCGGCGCUCGGAGAGCCGGGGCGUGAGAACGCGCGGGGCGCGCGGGGGCCGCUGCUCUCCCACGGCCGGGGCGCCGGGGCCUCGGGCGCACGCGAGGGCCAGCUGCGGCAGCAAAGGGCCGCCGGGACCUGAGAGCCGGCCGGGGCUCGAGGCCGCGCCCCGGCUCCACCGCAACUUCACCCCGCCGGCUGCUGCGUGGGCGAACCCUUCGCCCUUGUAGAGAGCAAACAGCUGCGAUCGCUCGAUUGCUUAGAGAAAGCAUGCAGCAAACUUCCAGCAGGGCUGCUCGGGGCUGGACCCAAGAACACCCCAGUCACCAGUAUCCUUGAUCUGCUAGUGGCUUCGACUGUCAGUCCCACAUAAGAAGAACGGCUCACCCAGAGGUGCUCUACAGCAGGGUGAGAGGCUACGAACACCAUGUUCUGCACAAAGCUGAAGGAUCUCAAGAUCACAGGGGAAUGCCCUUUGUCCUUACUGGCACCUGGGCAGGUUCCCAAGGAGCCAGGGGAAGAGAUAGCAGGAAGCUCAGAGAGUGGCAAAGCAACUCUGCCCGUCUGUCAGGAUGUCCCUGAAAAGAAUGUACAAAGAAGUCUUCCUCAAAGAAAGACCAGUAGGAGCCGAGUUUAUCUUCAUACGUUGGCGGAGAGUAUUUGUAAACUGAUUUUUCCCGAGUUGGAGCGGCUGAACCUUGCACUUCAGAGGACACUCGCGAAACACAAACUAAAAGAAAGCAGGAUAUCUUUGGAAAGAGAAGACUUGGAAAAAAUAAUUACAGACCAUGCAAUUGCAGCAGGAGUUCCAGUGGAAAUCGUCAAAGAAUCUCUCGGGGAAGAGCUUUUCAAAAUAUGUUACGAGGAAGAUGAACACAUCCUGGGUGUGGUUGGAGGAACCCUCAAAGAUUUUUUAAAUAGCUUCAGCACCCUUCUGAAACAGAGCGGCCACUACCAAGGAGCAGAAAAGAGAGGCGGGUUUGAGGACGCUUCCAUUCUGUGCCUGGAUAAAGAUCAGGAUUUCUUAAAUGUAUACUAUUUUUUCCCUAAGAAAAUCACGUCCCUGAUUCUUCCUGGCAUCAUUAAGGCUGCUGCGCGCGUGUUGUACGAAACCGAAGUUGAAGUGUCUCUCCUGCCUCCCUGCUUCCGAAAUGAUUGCAGCGAGUUCGUCAAUCAGCCCUAUCUGUUGUAUUCCCUUCAUGUCAAAAGCACCAAACCAUCCCUGUCCCCGGGCAAACCCCAGUCCUCGCUGGUGAUCCCCGCUUCCCUCUUCUGUAAGACCUUUCCUUUCCAUUUCAUGUUUGACAAGGACUUGACGAUUCUGCAGUUUGGCCAUGGCAUUCGAAGGCUGAUGAACAGGAGAGACUUUCAAGGAAAGCCGAAUUUUGAAGAGUACUUUGAGAUUCUGACUCCCAGAAUCAACCAAACGUUUAGUGGAAUCAUGGCUAUGUUGAACAUGCAGUUUGUCAUCCGAGUGAGGAGGUGGGACAACUCUGUGAAGAAAUCUUCAAGGGUUAUGGACCUCAAAGGCCAAAUGAUCUACAUUGUUGAAUCCAGUGCCAUCUUGUUCUUGGGGUCACCCUGUGUGGACAGAUUAGAAGAUUUUACGGGACGAGGGCUCUACCUCUCAGACAUCCCAAUUCACAAUGCGCUGAGGGAUGUAGUCUUGAUAGGAGAGCAAGCCAGAGCGCAAGAUGGCCUGAAGAAGAGGUUGGGCAAGUUGAAGGCCACCCUUGAGCAAGCCCACCAAGCCCUGGAGGAGGAGAAGAAGAAGACGGUGGAUCUCCUGUGCUCCAUAUUUCCCUGCGAGGUUGCUCAGCAGCUGUGGCAAGGGCAAGUUGUGCAAGCCAAGAGGUUCAGUGACGUCACCAUGCUUUUCUCAGACAUCGUGGGGUUCACGGCCAUCUGCUCCCAGUGCUCCCCGCUGCAGGUCAUCACCAUGCUCAAUGCACUCUACACUCGCUUUGACCAGCAGUGCGGCGAGCUGGAUGUCUACAAGGUGGAGACCAUUGGCGACGCGUACUGUGUGGCUGGGGGAUUACACAAAGAAAGUGACACCCAUGCUGUUCAAAUAGCACUGAUGGCCCUGAAGAUGAUGGAGCUCUCUGAUGAAGUUAUGUCUCCCCACGGAGAACCUAUCAAGAUGCGAAUUGGACUGCACUCUGGGUCAGUUUUUGCUGGAGUCGUUGGCGUUAAAAUGCCUCGCUACUGUCUUUUUGGAAACAAUGUCACCUUGGCGAACAAAUUUGAGUCCUGCAGUGUACCACGGAAAAUCAACGUCAGCCCAACAACGUACAGAUUACUCAAAGACUGCCCUGGUUUUGUGUUUACCCCUCGAUCAAGGGAAGAACUUCCACCAAACUUCCCCAGUGAAAUUCCUGGAAUCUGUCAUUUCCUGGAAGCUUAUCAACCAGUAACAAAUUCAAAACCAUGGUUCCAGAAGAAAGAUGUUGAAGAUGGCAAUGCCAAUUUCUUAGGCAAAGCCUCAGGAAUAGAUUAGCAAAAUAUAUAUCUGAUUAUUAGUCCUUGGGUUUUGACUCCUGUGAGCAUGGGUGGAAUCUCUAAAAGCACUUUACGAUUGCAGAUGACUAAGAACAGUAUUAAAAUUUCAGGAGCUAAGUCACGAUCUACUUUUUCUUCCACUUAACAUGACAAAAAUGUAUUUACUUCGAUACUCAAGUCUUUAGAGGGAAAAAAAAAAGGAAAGAAACCUCAAAAAUGGCAUUUGGGGUUUAUUUCUGUUACUAUACCCACUACACUUAUUAUCUGUACUCACAAUUCAGCACAUGUAAAUCUAUCAGGUAAUUGCAGUGUCCUGACCUGCACAGCCUGAUGGAAUGACCCACAGUCUUGUGUCAUGGUGGAAUGCCAUGGUUGUAAAAGUGCAUUUGUGAUAGUGUGACCUCCAAAAAGCUUUCCAGAUAGAAAUUAGAGUCUUUGAUACCAUAAGCUCUUUGAACCUUUCAGCUCUGCAUUUUAUUACAUUUCUUCAUUUCACUGUUGGUGUAUAUAACAAAAUAGGUUGAAUAUUUUUUCUGUUGCACAUUUUCUUCUUUUUUAAGAAAAUAAGCAAUUAUGGGUUAGAUGCAAUAUGAAUAUAAAGUAGUUCUUCUAUAAAUAUCAAAGAUUGUUUUAUAAAAAUAUCUGCCAUAACGUAAUGUGUCAUAUCAAUAAAUACUGCCUUUUGUUUGACAUUUUUCUAUUCUGCACUUUGGUAAAAGCUAUUUUAAUUCAUAUUAACAAUUUAAUUCCUAUUAAUUCAUUUUUGUAUCAUAACAUUCAGCAUAAAAGAGGGUUACAGUCUAUAUUAAAAUGCAAUAAUAUCAUUCUAAUUUAAUUUAGAGAAGCAACAUGAGAGUAAAGUAAGAAUCCAGGGGAUAUACCAUAAUGUCCAGAAGUAAAACAUUUAAACACACACACACAAUUUAGAUCUAUUUCAGCAGACAUCCUGCAUUGCCAUGCUGAGCCAUAUAAAGUUCCAAUAAGAAAAUCUAAGUUCAGAAGUGGGAAUUGAGACUUGUUCUUCUUGCUAAUAGCUUAUUUUUAAAUAUUUGUGUUGGACACUUUGGUGUGUAUAUAUGUCUUAAGAAUCAUCAAGUUUUUUUCUCUAAGUACACAUUUGUGAAUGUUUUUAUUCUAGUUGAAUGAUCUCAAUGAUAUUUUUUAAAGAGAAUGUUAGUAUUGAUGAAGAAAAUGAUGCUAUGAUUUCAUUAAGAAAAUUCUCAAACAUUUUUCUGGAGCUGGAACUUCUAUUUUUAAUGAUAUUAGUGUAAGCUCUCUGAAGAACUAAAUAACCUACAGAGUUUGGUUUGGGAUAAGGAUCUGAUUUUAGGGGCGCCUGGGUGGCUCAGUUGUUAAGCGUCUGCCUUCGGCUCAGGUCAUGAUCCCAGGGUCCUGGGAUCGAGCCCCGCAUCAGGCUCCCUGCUCGGCGGGAAGCCUGCUUCUCCCUCUCCCACUCCCCCUGCUUGUGUUCCCUCUCUCACUGUGUCUCUCUCUGUUAAAUAAAUAAAAUCUUUAAAAAAAAAAAGGAUCUGAUUUUAAAAAGAGCUCCAUUUCAAAAGAGGAGAAAGAUGAACAUUAUAAUUUUUAAAUCCGUAUUAGCAGAGUCAUAGAUACACUAGCCUGGUGACCUCAGGAAUAAAAAGUGAUUCCUGAUUGUCCUCUAGUAUCCCAAGUUUACUACGACAGAUACAACAAUUUAGUGAAUGAUAUCCCAACCUCUUGAAGCACUGAUUGUAUCUUAUUAAAUACCAAUCCUCUCAUUGGAAAGUACCAUAGGCCUUGGGAAAAUAGAGUUAUAGUCUCACAAUUAUAUGAAGUUAAUAAAAACAUUUUAAAGAAAAAUAAAGACUUAAAUACAUUUUUCUUUCUGGAACUGAACCCUUAUUACAGCAAAAAUGAUAUGAAUUAAAGGAAAUUAAAAAGCAUAAAACAGGGCACCUGGGUGGCUCAGUUGGUUAAGCCACUGCCUUCGGCUCAGGUCAUGAUCCUGGAGUCCUGGGAUCGCCCGCAUCGGGCUCCCUGCUCGGCGGGGAGCCUGCUUCUCCCUCUGACCGCCCCCCUUCUCAUGCUCUCUCUAUCUCAUUCUCUCUCUCAAAUAAAUAAAAUCUUUAAAAAAUAAAAAAAGCAUAAAACACAAUGUCUCUUUAUCAAAUUUUUAAACAGACCCUGUUUGAUGAUAAUUUGUCUUCUAAGUUUGUAAGUUAAUUAAGAUUCAAAAAAUAUUUUCUCUGUAUACACACCUACAGAACCAAUGGAAGAAAAUGUAAACGUGACUAAAAGGUAUAUAGGAACUCCUUGUAUUAUUACUGUAACUAUUCCAUAAGUUUGAAAUCUUACCUAAAUAAAAGUUACCAAAAAUGUAAUUUCACAGAGAAAUUAAAUCUUCUGUGAUAGAUACUCUAGGCCAGCCUACAAAGGCUCAUUAAUUAUGGAAUACUUUAGGGAUCUUACAAUGAACAUACAUUUCCAUGAUAGAAUGUAUUCAAAAUUGACAGUGUGGAUGCUAAAAAAAUUAAGGAAACCCUUUUUUCUCUCUAGCUUAUCCACUUUGGAGGGUAGCAAUUAUGGAGACAUUUUCAGAUCCAGACCACUGAUGGUAGCCAGGGACAGAGAGCCUAGAGGGUAAGUUUUCAAGGAAAGUAAGCAAACCAGUAGCUCUGAAGUUAGGAGUGAAAUUGAGGAUGGAGGAAAGAAUGGACAGAGAGGGUGUAUGACAGGGUUGGGGGCUGAGGGUUCUGAAUAUUGUUGCCAGGUUAACUUUUUGAAAAAGUAAUGUGGGUCCCAAGAGUGCUUCCCAAUCAGCCUGUUUUUCCUAAUUCCCCGGAAUUCCAGGAACUGUUCCUUCUGUUCUGGUCUUAUUGUUUCCAUCCAUGGCUUCUUGUUCCUUCUAUAUCUCAAAAGAAAAUGAUUUGUGCUAUUUCCUGAGUUUGAACACACAGAUAUGAACAUAAAGGUGGCGUGUCUGGUAUUGGAAUUUCAUAUUAUCUAAAGGCCAUUAGUCCUUCAGAUCCUUUGGUGGGAAGGAAGGAAAAGUUGCUUUAACAUUUUACUAACCUUUCCUCCAAAUACUUCAUAUUGCCAGUCAUGCCCAGGCAGACCCUUCGAAGCAUGUCCUAUGGUUAAGUCAGAAGCAGUCAUAGAAUGGGGAAGGGUGUUCUAUGGCAGGUCUAGCAAGUGAAUGAGGUGAACAAAGGGGACUGUUUACUCCACAUAGUGGGUCUGGGGGUUAGACAUGACUCCCUGAGACUCCCCAAAUGGGAAAGUGCCCAACUGGAGCUUUACAUGCAGAGCCCCAGUGAAGUCUGGGGCUAUAUAAUGCUUUAAAGUAACUUUCAAAUUGCUGUUAAAGCAACAGUUGAUAGUCCCAAAAAGAAUGGGUUAAUGAAUUAUUGUAGUAGUUUUAAGUGCAGGGAUUUUACCUGGAUAAAUCAUUAUUAAAAAGUGAAAAGGAAUCUCUCACACAUCCUCACUGGGGUGCCUUGAUGGAUCAUGAACCUUUACUGAAUAAUAAAGCAUAAAGUGUGUUUUGCCUGACUGCGCAAUUUGGUGCUACUUCACUCUUUAGAUGCUGGACCUGGAAAGUUAAAUAAAGGCAGAUUUGAAAGGUAGAAGGAUUGGGGGAUAUGAUGGGUGUAUGAGAUGGGAGGGCAGUCACUGGAAGGAGCUAGGCCAGAGGUGUUACAAUUCCUAUGUUGACGGACUUACCAUCCUCUGCAAAGCAAGAACACAAUGCUGCAGAGACCAUAGAGAAGUGCAAUCCCCUUGUCUAAAUACAAGCUAAAAGCAGGGCCAGCUCGCUUUAUUAAGCUGAGAACACCAAAAUGUACUUUAAUCAAAGUUUACAGUGUUAAAAUGUACAUUUGUGGUUAGGAUUCUUCAUAAAGCUUGGGAAAUCUUCGCAUUCUCUAGUGAGACAGAGAAGAAUCACUCCUGUCCUGAAGAGCAUAAGCUUAUGGAAGUAAUUAGUCCUUCAUCGUCUUUGUUGCACUCAGAUUCCUUUUGCUCUUAGUAUGUUUGCUUCCAGAUUUUAGACAAAGUGCAGCUUCCUUUUAAGUGCUCCUUUUAUUAUGUUGAUGAUAUGCACUCAUUUGGUAUUCUUACUUUCAUCCACUUCAAACAUUUUACAUUGUGGUGCCAGCUAUAGAUUUCCUGUGAAGCAGCUUUGCUCUUAACCUGUCACACCUGCAUCUGUUGUGACUAUAUCUCACACAAUCUAUACUCUUUUUCAUCCAAAGCUAUUCUCUUACCUAUGCCCAAUUCUAUU